UUUCCUCUCAAAAACAAGAAAAUAAACGAAAAUAAAUGUUUGUGAAUAUUUUAGAUUACCAAACAGUCCUAUUAAAGACGUUCGUUUCAUACUUCGUAACUUCUGACUUGAGUUGAGAAUAAAGUAAUAGCAACGAGAAAAACUCAUAAAUUAAUAAAACACAAUGUCGGUGCGGCACGAUUGGUACCAAUCCGACUCAAAGGUCGUCAUUACAGUGCUUUUGAAAAACGCAGUGGAAAAAAAUUACUCGGUUCACAUCGAAAGAGAAAAAGUUCUAAUGAAGGCCGAUAAUUAUUCACUUGAACUUAAUUUAUAUCGUCCCAUAGUUCCAGAAAAAUCGUCCCACAAAAGCACCUCCACGAAGGUAGAAAUAUCUUUAGCAAAAGAAUCUUUCGAACGUUGGGAUUGUCUGGAGAUGAAAAAUGUUCCCAUAGUAACUGCACCACCUCCAAUCCAUAAACAAAAUUGGGAUAAAAUUGCUAAAGAAGUGGAAAAAAGUGAAGAAUCCGAGGCACAAAGCGAAGAAGCUCUUAAUCAAUUAUUUAAGAAGAUCUAUAGCAAUGCAUCCCCCGAAGUUCAAAAGGCCAUGAACAAGUCGUUUUCGGAAUCUGGUGGAACUGUUCUGAGCACGAAUUGGGAUGAAGUUAGCAAGGCUAAGGUGGAUGUCAAACCACCAGAUGGCACCGAGUUUAGGAAAUGGGACUAGAUCUUUUGAUUUGUUGAAAUAUUUUAUUUCCAAAGCAUUAUUGUGUGUAAAUUAACAAUUCUCAUUUUAUGAUUUCUUAUUAUAUUAAAUUUUCUAGUUUAUUGAAACUGAGACACAAAUAAAAAUCGCUUUUGCAAGCCUCAAAGUAAAAAAACUAUUGUAAUUGUUUCUAUUGCAAAAUAAUCUUAACAAAGUAUUACAAAAAUAAGCUUAUAACGUCAUGAUUUUAAAAAUAAAUAUGAGUUUACUGUA